CACACAUUUAGUGUCUGGGCCAGGCAAGAGGCAGCCAUGACAAGCUCUCCUGUUUCCAGAGUUGUUUACAACGGCAAGAGGAACAGCAGCCCUCGCUCCCCAAGCAACAGCAGUGAGAUCUUCACUCCUGCACAUGAGGAGAAUGUGCGCUUCAUCUAUGAAGCAUGGCAGUGUGUGGAGCGGGAUCUCCGCAGCCAGAUGGCAGGUGGUGAACGGGGCCUUGUGGAGGAGUAUGUGGAAAAGAUACCAAACCCCAGUCUGAAGGCAUUCAAACCUGUUGAUUUGAGUGACCUAAAGCGGCGGAACACACAGGAUGCUAAGAAAUCCUAAGGUGGCCUGGCUUGGCCCACCCCCCCAAUCUCUGGCACGUGGCCACUGAUACAUGAAUUCGAUGACUUUGUGUUGGUUUCCUCCUUUGGUCUGGAUUGUGCCUGGGGCUGGCUCUGAAUUCUCUAGGAAAGGAUAGGCUUUGUGCCUAUCCUUCACAGCAUUCCCUGGCCUGGGCUGCCUGCCUUCAUUCUACAACUGGCCCCAGGAAUUCUCCUUUUCCCUAGUAAAUGACAUUUUGCUCAGAUGGUGGCCAAGAGACUGGUUUGUACCCUGUCAUUUUUUAAGGAUGUGGAGUAAAACAGAAUGGAAUCAGGAACAACCUGACCUAUUUUCUCCCUGAACUCUCUCAAAGCCCAGCCCUUCUUAGGAAGAGGCCAAGAGAAGACAAUGGGAUGGAAGCAGUAAAGGUUUCUGUGGUCCAUCUUGCCAUUUUCAAUGUGGGAAUUUAGAAUGGUAACUCAACAUAAAUACCUGAACUUUUCUCAGGUGAAUGAAAGGGUGUUGUACUGCAACCUCUGUAUGUAUGUGUUCAGCUCCCUGGGGCAAUGGUGGGAGAGAAC